UUGGCGUUAGAUAAAAUGAAACGUCGUGAAAGACUGGAGAAGCGGGCCGGAGAGUUGGGUUUAACGGACAAAAGAAAGAGGCGGGACGAGCCUCCACUGGUGAUUCCCCAUCAAGAUAAUGAGGUGGAGAAUCAGAGGCAGGACGAGGCUCCUCCAUUGGUGAUUCCCCAACAAGAUCCUCCAUUGGUGAUUCCCCAACGAGAUAACGAAGUGCAGCAACUCGUGCAAAAUGAUGUGGGUGGUGACUGUGUGCAAAAAGGAACUGACGACUGUAGCCCAGGUCCCGGGAAAGUUAUCUGGUGUUUGGGCUCGUCAUUAAUUAAAAAAGCAUUCAUAACAGCAAGAAGCACCAGGGCCGGUCUAAACCUCGGUCUGGAUGGAGUUGAAAUCUGGUGGCAAGGUUAUGGCGGUCUGUGUUUGACCCAGCUGCUUUCAAAGUUACGAACCUUGUGCCGCGUAAGAGACGAACCUGAUUUCUUAUUAGUUCAUUGCGGGGGAAAUAACUUGGGGAAAACAAAACUGAAGGAACUCAGAUCAGAAAUUGUUAAGAUUGUGGAUUUCAAAAACACGCACCUUUCUUCUACAGUAUUGAUCUGGUCAAACAUUCUCCCAAGAAUCAAUUGGCGGUAUUCAGACAAUCGUAUGGCAAUGGACAGGUCCCUAAAAAGACUUAACAGUUACGGGGCUAAGAGGGUGGUUGAUUCGGGUGGUGUUUCUCUCCAGCACCCACGUAUAAAUGUUCAGAGUCCCACACUGUUUCAGGGUGACAGAGUUCAUUUAUCUGAAGAGGGGAAUAUGUUAUUUCUGCAUAGUUUGGCUAGUCAGUUGGAUGCAAUUGUUAAUGUCUGAUGUGCUAUUGGUAGUAAACUAAGGGCAAAUAGUCUGGGCGUGGCAUCAUUGGUUUGUCUUGUUCGCUGGUGCCAAAUACGUUUUUGUUUAUUUGGCGGUGGCUUUCGUUCCUGGAGCCCACUAGGUCUCCAGGUCCGAUGGCCAUGUGGCGGCCAGCGAACUUCGGACGCAUAACUUUACCUCUUGCAUGUGAUAUAAGCCUCUGUUUCCCAGGGCCAAAUUUACAAUAACUAACAUGAUUCAAAUCCUCUAUGGUCCGAACGAUUGGAACUAAUUGUUGCUGUUGUUGUUUAAACAAUGCCAAUGUGGGGCGUUAUUGUGACUUUAAUGAACUCAUAGUUGCCGGGAUACCCUAAAUGGUCGUUUGUAAUGACUGAGUAUCUCGAAUUGUUGUUGAAAAUUCAAAAUUGUGAAAAGUGAAAUAUUGUGCUCGUUGAGUGAAACUUGGGACGUUGACAGUGCGAAAAAAUUGAUAAAUAUUGACAUUUUUUUUAAAAACUAUGGAGCCGCGCCCAGAAAUUGCCAUUCUUAAAGUUCAGUAAUAAAAUUGUGUACAUUUGUAUUUGUGUUUACUAUCUUUUGCUUUUGAAAAAGUAAAACGCUGUCCAUCUUAUAUACUUGUUACUUAAGUCUUUUGAGAGUA